GCUUGUUCUAAAAUUUUAAAACUAAGUUUUAUAAUAGGCAUAGACUGAAAUUUAUAUCUUCAAUAGUAUUCAUUAAAAAGUAGUAGGUCUGCAUUUCUUAUCAACAAAUAGUCCAAGAAACAAACAAUGCGAUUACCUACCCCUUGUCUUGCCGGUUGUUGGUUCUUAUUUAGAUUUUCUGUGGUUAAUGCUCAAGUGAUCAUUAAUGUAUAUUUUUCGCAGAAUAAAUAACUUGAAAAACUAUUUAAAUACUUUAAACCAAUUAUCAGAUCUUUACACUCUAAGUAAGUCCUAUCCAUACGUUACUAAGUGGAUUGUUUCAUGCCAUUGUUACUGCAAUGGACAAUUCGCUCCCUAUCCUAAAACACUUCAUGCUAAUGAGAACACAUUCUCUCAUAGUGUUCUGGAAAAUAUACCAGCCUAUAACUUGAUGAUUUCCAAUCCAGCUAAAGGACCAACUUUUGUUUCUCAAGAGAAUGUGCAAAUUAGUAUAGAUUAUUUUAAGAACUCUGAUCCCUUAAAAAUACCGAUCCAGGAAUUGCUCUCAUUGUUUGAAACAAUGUGUCAUUUGAAGAAUCAUGAUUUUGCUGUUUUUGAUGCUCUACAAAAAAAAUUCCAUGAAAUGGACGAUGAGCAGUUGGCUUUAGUUUUGAGGAAUUUGCAGCAUUCUACUGUUUUUCAAACCCAUAAAAGGAAUGAAUUAGUUAGUUUUUGGAAAGAAAUUGACAAAAUUUGCUUAAAGAGGUGUAAAUCUUGGCCUAUAGAAAAAUUGUUUUAUUUCAUUGACUUGUGGUAUUGUCUUGGUCUUACUAAAAGGAGUGAUUUUGUUUUUAUAUAUUCUAUGAAAUAUUUGAGCAAGCCACACAGACUUUCUUCUCAACAAGUUGUUCAGUUGUUAUUUUAUAUGAAUGUUCUGAGACAUCCAAAAAAUGUUUCAAUUUAUAAUUUAGAAUACCAGCUAGAGAGGUAUAUAGAAGAUCUGAGCAUAACAGAAAUAGGAGUAGCCGUAAUGGGCUUUUUUAAAACUCAAAACACUAUUCAUAGUGAAAAAAUCAUGAACCAUAUAAUCGACCAAACUAUUAAUGAAAUUAAGUCUGUUCCAGAAAUAACUUUGGCUUGUAUUUUAAAAGCUCUUCGUUACAGUAUGAAGAUACUUUUUUGGGAAAGAAUACCAGAAUUAUUAAAUUCAGUUGAACAAGAACUCCCGAGACUAACAAUACAAUGUUCUGUCCAUGCAUCACUUCUAACAACCAAACCACAAAUUGUGCAUGAGGGAGUUCUGAGAAAGGUGUCACAAAAGCUUGUUGAUAAUAUCACCACUUGUAGACUGAAGGAUAUGGAGAAAGCUGUUUUCCCUCUGGCACAGUUGAACUUUGAUCCUCAAACAGAACCAUGCAUUUAUAAGUCAAUUCUCAAUGAACUUAGUAAUGAUGAAAGAAAAGAUGAAAUAAAUUACUUUCCAAAAACACUUAUUGCCCUCGUACAUUACCUCUGCCUGAAGGGGAUACAUGAUGAAAAUUUGAUUCAGAAAGUUCUUGAUAUGGAAUUUAUAUACCAUGCUUAUGGAAAGAAAAAGUAUUGGUUUGGACGUGAGAUACUUUAUAUUGACACAACAAUGGAAUUGGAAUGUCCUACCUAUAAUGGGCCAAGAUUACCAUCUGAAAUUCUAAAUUAUCUCUCAAUGAAAUAUUCGGAGAAUAUUCCUGAUCCAAAUAAAAACAAAAUGUCAAAGCACCACUCUUGGCAUUUAGAAGUUAAAGGAACAGCUGAAGCAAUAUUUGGGAAAGACUAUAUUGUAGAGAAAUAUUUGUUACCAAAUCAUCCUCGAGCUGAUAUUGUUGUGAACUUAAAUAAUGAUAAAGAGCCUCAACCACUUGACUAUGAUUUUAAAAACACCGAAGCGUUCACUGGCCUCAUCAGAGCCCCAAAGAAUGGUAACUACUGUGCAAUAGUAGUUGCGAGUAAGAAUAUGUUUUUGUACCAGUCAACUAUACCAAAUGGAGAAACUGUAUCAAAAAUGAAACAACUUAGACUUGCAGGAUAUAAGCCAAUUUUAGUACAUAGUGAGGACUGGCCUUCUGGAAAUACAUUAGAAAAAAUUAAGCAUUUAAAGGCUCUCAUAGAGAAUUCAACCUGAUUAUACUGUCAAAGGCGUUAAUAAUGUAUAAUAGUUCAAUCCUUAAAGAAAUAUUAAGCCUAAAUGUUCAUAAAGAUUACAGUAACGAUGCCCUAUUCUUCCAUUAUUAAGUACAAAUAUACAAUUAAUGGCUGGCUACAUCUGAUAAAUGGAGCUGUUUUAUGUAUAAUAGCAUAUUUUAUUUUAUAAAUACAUUUUUUUCAUCAAA